UUCUUUUCCUUUGUUGGCGUGAGGGUCAGAAAUGAAAUGGCCAUAAUCGGUCACUGGGUUUUUCUCACGCGGUCCGUCUCGUCUUUUAAACGACAAUGGCAUCCCUAAUAUGGGAAAAUAAGGGUUUAUGCUGUUAUUGGAUAUGUUAAAAUUUUAUUUACAUUAUCUAUCUCAAAAGGGUCAGAAAUGAAAUGUUAAUAACAAAAACGCUGGGGGUGCAAAAGGGCUACUCCUCCAAACAUUACAAAAUUUUAUGCCACUACUUCCGUCCAUUUUUAACUCUCGUGGUCCGUCUCCGUUUUUUAACACGACGAGUUAUCCCUCGAUUCAAACCAAGACAGUUUAAAUCAGACAAACGAGCUCCAAACAGAAGAAGACGUGUUCAUAUAACUUUAGAAUUGCCAUGGUCAGCAGAUAAGGCUAUACAACAAUUUGGCCGUACACACCGUUCAAACCAAGAAAGCGCCCCAGAAUAUUUAUUUUUAAUUUCUGAAUUGGCUGGAGAAAAACGUUUUGCCUCAAUUGUAGCAAAACGUUUAGAAUCUUUGGGAGCUUUAACUCAAGGGGACAGACGUGCAACAGAAUCUAGAGAUUUGAGUCAAUUUAAUAUUGAUAACACUUAUGGAAGGGAAGCUUUAAACGUUUUGUUGAGAACUUUAACUGGGGCGUGUGAACCAAUUGUACAACCACCAAAAGAUUAUGACAGUGGAGGAGAUUUUUUUAAAGAUAUGCAAAUUUAUUUGGAAGGUGUUGGAAUGAUUUGUUCUUUACCUAAUGGACGUUAUGCAAUAGAAAGAGACUCAAAUUCAAUACCAAAAUUUCUUAAUCGUUUGUUGGGAUUCCCAGUUUAUGCGCAAAACAAACUUUUUCAAUAUUUUACGGAUAUUUGUGAAGAAUUAAUUAAACAAGCUAAAGUUGAUGGAACUUUUGAUAUGGGAAUAUUAGAUCUUGGAAUGGAAUGUGAUCGUGUUCAGAAAAAAGAAUCAAGAAAGUUUAAAGGAACGGGGAAAACUGGAGACUUUACAGUUGAAUUACACAAAAUUAGCUUGCUGAGAAGUGUUUCAUGGGAGGAAGUCCAACAAUUGAACAAAAAACACAAGGGUUACAAAGACGGUUUUUAUACCUCAACUGUUGGUUUACACGGAAAAAGAAGUGUUGCAUUCAUUUUUGGAAUGGGUGUUGGGGGGAAUAUGUCAACUACACCUGCUGGGGCUCCUCGUCUUUAUUGUGUAACGAGACCUAAUACUGGAAGAAGUCCAAAAUAUGAACUUUUGAGUGAAUUGUUGCUAAGAUUUGACCCGAUAUCUGAUGAAGAAGGGGAAGAAUUGUGGAAAGAACAGUUGGAAGCAUUUUCUAAAAUGUGUCAUCAUCGUUAUUAUUUUGGAAAAUGUAAUGCUGAACAACAACGAGGAAUAUUUUGUGAAGUUGGCCGUCAAUCUCGAACAUAUUUUGUUUUGUCAGGCUCUUUAAUUUGUGUCUGGCCAGAAUUGGAAUUAAUUUUGUCAGAUUCUGGGAAAUUAAAAAGAUUGAGAAGAAUUCAAAUUGUUCGGGUUAAAACGGACAAUAAUCAACGAAUUGUUGGUAAGGAAGGGAGAGAGAAAUUGAAAAGUUGAACCUCGAUAUAGGGUUUUAGAAAUUAGAAAAACCACGGUUUGGUCGGCCAUUGGAUUAGGAGAAUGCCUAAGCUAUAGCCCCCUAAUUAAUUGACACUUCAUUCACCUCAUUAUAAGAUACCCGAUCAUAAGAUAUGUAUACUCUCUAUUAAACAUACACCUUCAUAUAAGGUUUCCUCUAUCUUUGAUACACUAUAGGAUACCAAUCGCGUACCAGGGUGCUUCUGUGGCUACACUUCAUAAGGUACCC